AUGGACUAUUCCGGAUACAACCAAGGUGGUGACUCUAGCAGCAAGAAGCAGGAGGUCAUGGACCAGGUCCGUAGCGAGCUUGCCCUUGCUAAUGCCCAGGAGUUGAUUAACAAAAUCAAUGAAAAGUGCUACCUCAAGUGCGUUCCUAAGCCAGGAGCUCGUCUUGAGAGCAGUGAGCAGGCUUGCUUGUCAAAGUGCAUGGACCGUUACAUGGAGGCAUGGAACGUUGUGUCUCGUUCCUACGUUUCCAGACUCCAGCGCGAGUCUCAGAACCAGAUGGGAGGUGGCAUGUAA